AUGGGAUUACCGCGCCACCGACAAGAACAAGAAAAAGAUACGAAUCGGGAUUCCGAGACGGCUUCUCACGUGGGACGAAAUGUAAACAAAACGCUUGACAAGUUGUAUUAUAAUCCCGCGCAUUACGCCGGUUACUCGUCGACGGAAAAUUUGUCGCGAGCCGCUAAACCGAAUUACUCGUGCGAGGACGUUGUUCGCUGGCUUCGUUCGCAAGAUGCUUACACGCUACACCGUCCCGCGCGGCGAAAGUUUCCUCGACUGCAUUACAACGUGACGAAUAUCGACGAUCUCUGGGAGGCUGAUUUGAUAGAAUUGCGAAAUUUGCGAAGCUAUAACGACGGAUAUUGCUAUCUACUGAAAAUUAUCGACGUGCUCAGCAAAUUCGCGUGGGUGGAACUGUUGCGAGACAAAACAAGUGCUCAAGUUCUUCGUGCGUUUCAACGCGUGCUCUCGAGAAGUGGCGGACAAAGACCCGUAUAUCUGCAAACCGACAAAGGUAAAGAAUUUAUCGCGCAUCCACUGCAAAAAUUUCUCAAGGAAGAAGGAAUUCCGUGUGGAUAUUGUGCACGCGUACAAAUGCCGCACUUUUCCAUACGCAUGAAACCCGCGGAUGUUACAAUGGAAAACGCGAAUAUUGCGCGCGAAAACACGUGGCAUCGCUGGAAAAAACAGCGAGCGAAAGCAGCUAAAUACUCCGUCGGCGAUCUCGUACGUGUCAGUAGAGCGAAAGCUGCCUGUGAGAAGGGAUACGAGGCCAAGUGGAGCGAAGAGAUAUUUCGAAUUCAUCGUGUUCUCGAGUGGCGAAAUCCGCGUGUUUACGAGCUGAGUGAUUUAGCGGAUGAGGUUACAGACGGAAUUUUCUACGAGCAAGAACUGGCUCCUGUUGUUAAAAACCUACAAGAAGAAACUUUCAUCGUUGAUCGGGUGAUAAAGAGCAAAGGUCGGGGACGUAAUAGGCAACUGCUAGUUAGCUGGCAAGGUUAUUCGUCUAAAUUCGACUCGUGGAUUCCGGCUUCGAGUUUAACAACGCUUGCACAAGGCAAUGAUAGCGACAAUGAUGAUGACAAUGGAGGAACACUUUUUCGUAGUUCUCCCGAGCAAUAG